UUACAACCGCCUUGCUUGCUCAGGUUCUUCCGGAGUUGACCAGGACCAUGAAAAAAAGAUAACUCUUCGUCCUGGAAUUUACCUCCUUAGGGUAAAUGUUGACUUGGGUCUAGUAAUUCAUUGGCCCGAACUUGGCUGUUAUGAAGAAAAUGCACCUUCCCAUAAAAAGAAAAAUAUGAUAAACUUGCACAGAUACCUUACUAAACUCACAGAUCACCAAAUUUGCUUAAUAAGUGAACCCGAUUUAGAAAGCUUUGAUUGGAAUGUUAAAGAGGAAGAUGAUGAUUCGGAUGAAGAGACUGAAGGAGCUGGUGUUGACUUUGAAGUCUUAAAAAGUCAGGAGGAAAAGGAAGAUUUUAUACAUUAUCCUGGGUUUAAGAUUCAUCUACCUUCUGAAAUCAAGCAUGAAAUCGAUGUUGAUAAUGCUGACUGCCCGUUACCAUUUAUUAUUGAGUCAACUUUUAAUCAAGCAUUUGCUACAGUGAAGAAAGUGCGGGCAAAGUCAAAAUCAAUAAGAACAUCAAAGCAUAUUUCUAAUAAAUCUGAAUUUCAUGGAAUUAUCAAAGGACAUACGCUUCUCAUAGAUCGUCAAAUGCCUAUGGAUAAUUUAAAAAUGCUAAUUGAACUUGAAUUUGCUGAGUUAGAAGGAGAACUCUUAAAUGGAAAAAUUAUCGAAAAUAUGUUUUGGAAUAGUUUAAAAGCAAAAUACAGUAUAUUUGAAGAUUUCAUCACUAUGAACAAGACCAAUAGCUCCUAUAUGCCGAUUGAUGUAGUAUCAGAAAUACUGAAUGACACAGAUUUAAAAAGAAUUCAUGAAAAAUACCCUAAGAUUAAAAAUAAGAUCGAUAAAGCUUUGAAAAUCACUUCGGAAAAUUGGGUAGAACUAAGGAAAUUAUUCAAAUUUGUGACACAGAUUAUAGAUACACAGCUUGUUGUUGGAGAAGGGAGUGAAACAGCUCAAUAUGAUAAUAAUAGAGACGAAGCAAUUAAAGAAUUAUAUAACUUACUAGUUGAUCAAGACAUUAACUUUAACAAACAAGUAAAGAAAUAUUUCCAGGAACAGAAAAGAAAAAAUCAAGACAAUAAAAUAUUAUCAUUAUCAUGGUUUAAAAAUUUGUUUUCCUCUGACUCCGAUGUUAAUAACAUAGUUUCAAAUGUAGAUGCCGAAAUUAACAAAAAAAUUAAAGAGAAAACUGACAGCCAAUUUAUUCAGGAUCUCCAUAGUUAUAAAUUUGAAAAUGCUGAUGAGAUCAUGAAAAAUCGGAUUACAUCUCGUUUUUUGGACGAAUAUCAAGGAUGGAGAAACGAUGUAUUCCACUCAGUAAUGAAAAAAAGCAUACCACAAUAUUCCGACCGGCGUAAAGAUAUUAAUUCACGGCUUGAAGAUGAAAGUAAAGCAAAUCAAAAAAAAAUUAAUGAUAGCGAAUUUCUCAAGAUUUGUGAAAUAAUAGAAAAAAAACAGUCUGAGGGAUACUUCAUUGCUUAUCAUGUGGAAGAAAUUCAGCCCGAGCAAUUACAAUAUACGAUUUAUAAUACAAGUCUUGAUCAAAAUGAUAUUUUGAGUUUGAGACAAGAUGAAUUACAUGUUCCUAAUCCAACAAUAGAGUUGUAUCAUCAAAAUAACUGCUUUUCUUUUCUAAUCAAUCCGCAAACCUAUAAACUAAGAAAAAUGGCAUUAUUUGAAAAAAAUAAAUAUUUUAUUGCUUUAUGGAAUGUCAAUCAAAGUCGGCUCGAAAUCUAUUAUGAAACAUUAAGAAGAACGUUAAGUAAUCCAAUCCAAUUAGAAGAAAAAUCACACCUAAAGCCUAAAAUUUUUCAUGCGGAAGAGCAAUGUCUUAUCGCUGUAAAUGAGCCGAAUGGCAUGUUUGGUAUAUAUCAAACUGGAAGAGGAGUGUUAGAUGUUUACAUGAUUGAUGAAAGUCAAACAUUUUAUAUGCGGGCGCGAGGUGUUCAAAUUUGUGCAUGGUAUUGUAAUAGGAUACCUGAUAUCAAAUUUUUAUUUUUUAUAAAAGACAAAGAAGAAAUUUGUUUUGUUCAAACCAAUGGUCAAGCGAGAAUAUUUAAUUUGAUUACAAAUCAGUUUUUGCCAGGAACAGCUCGUUUUCCAAUAAAUGCUAGAGAUAUUGUUUGCACUCCUGAUGGCUCUUGUAUUGUAUCAUUUGUCGAAGAAAACGAAUCAAAUGCAUCAGAGAAUCCAUUAGGUGAAAAUGCAUCAGAAGAGAAUCCAUUAGGUGAAAAUGCAUCACAUGAGUCUAAUGAACAGGAUAGUGAAUCUGACAUAUCAGCCAGCGAUACAGCUUCAAAUAGUGAUACAGAAGAUUCUACCGAACAGCCUACUGAUACAAAUAAAUCCGUGAUAAAACGUGCAUAUAUUUAUUUCUGUUCAGGUUUUGGAAGACCUGCUAGUAAAGUAAUUCAAUUGCCUUCAAUUAUAUCAACUUUGGAAUUUAUUCAAUUUUCAUGCAUGGAAAAUCAAAUUCAUCUUACAACAUUUGAUAUACAUACAGGAACAUUUCAUUCACUUAUUAUUAGAAUUACUCAUGAGAAAACACAAUACAGUUUCCAACAAAAGUUUAAUAAACGAUCACUUGGAAAGGUUAGGACAGUAAAAAAUUCGUCGCAAAAUAUGGAACUGGAAGGCAAAGACACUUCAUUUAUACGUGAUAUCAAAAAAGGAGAAAAUCUAGUUAUCAUGGGAGAAAAGCACAUUGUUUUGAAAAUAUAUUCUGAUACGAAAUUAAAAGUUUUAGGAUCUUUUCAGUGUAUGAUUGGUAUUGAUUCUUGGAUGGAAUUUCGUAUUGAACCUAAGACUAAGCUUAACGGAUUUGUAGAUGCAUAUAAAUUAAUGUUUGAAAAGUAUCCUAUUGAUAACAUUAUUGAUUCAGAUCAAAAUCAUACAUUAAAUUUACGAAUUGCAUUAGAUUUGAGGGAUGAUAAAAAGAUUACAAAUUAUGAAAAUAAAUUCCAGGAAUAUGUAUCAGAUAUGUUCGAAGACUUAAAAAGAUCAACAAACAAACCCGCAACUUCUAUAAAGCGAUUUGGAUUAUCGUGUUUAUCGUUUUCAGACUUUGAUUUAAAGGACUUGAUUGAUGAAUUAAAUGAUCUUAAAAAUAAUCAGCUUGGUGAAUGGAUAAUUCAACUUUGUAUUUUGAUCCCGAUACAAAUUGCUGUUGCACGAAACAAUAUAUUUCAACCAGUUUCCGAUGGUUUAUCAUCGUUUGAUGCUGAAAUUGCUGAUUCGGGUGCAUUAAGUGUUGACGGAAUUGCACAAAGCAUUAGUUUUGGAUGGUAUGAAGGAAUCUUCAAAUACUUUGGUGAUAAACCAGUAAAAGUCGUUUCGAGUAUGGGUGAACAAUAUAUGCUAAAUCACUUAAUUGGGACAACAUUCGAUGGCUCCGCAAUGCGAUGUACCGAAGGAGUGUGGAUGUCCUUAGCAAUUACGAAAAAAUGUAUCUAUGUUGCAUUGGAUUUCGAGGGACUUAAUUCCCUUCAACGAUCACCACAAGAAGAUAUGUUUUUAACACUAUUCAAUACAGUGAUAUCAAAUCUUAUUCUUUUUAAGAAUCAAUUUGCUGUCAACAGAGAUAUGUCAACAAUGUUCCAGAGAUUUCAGGAUGGUGCUACACUAUUAAAUGACGAAAAAAUAUUUCAAGCGAAACUGUGCAUCAUAAUUAAAGAUGUACCCAAACAAGAUCGUGAUGGGAUUGUAUCAGAAUUUUCUUUGAGAUUCAGGACAAUGGUCAUGCAGGAAGGUGAAAAUAACUUUAUAACAAAAAUGUAUCCGGGUGGUUUAAAUAUAAACCCUUGGCCAAUGUUUAAUAACCCUGAGUGGUUUAAGAAUUUAAGAGACAUCAAAAAGAUGUUAGAUAAACAGGAUGCAAAGUAUGAAAAUGCUCGAACAUUUUUGCAAAACACAAAAGUAUUUAUGGCUAAAUUGAAAAUUUGUGAUUGGGGUUCUUUAGAUGAGAAUCUUGUACAAAUCCGUGUGUCUACGUUGAAAAGAUUGCUUAAUAUUGCAAUAUCUCUUGGUAUUGAGGAAAAAAAUAACACCUUAGAACACUUGAUGAAUCGUGAUACUGGUAAAAUAAUUCCCGAUCAAGUUAUAAAUCUGACUGAAAUUUAUGACGACGUUGUCGAUAGUUGUGACUUGAUUUUAGAUUCAGAUCUUUGUCUUUUAGAUGAAAACACAGAUUUUGUACCAUUAUCUACUGAUUUGAGAAUUUACUUUGAAGAUAAAGUUCAAAAUCGUAAAGUUUGUCCUAAAGAUGCCAUAUGGUUUGAAAAAUUAUCAAAAUUCUUUAAAUUUAUCGUUCAACGGCGAAUUAAUCGAGUACAAGAAUGGUUUCAACAAAAUACUAGCAAAUUUUCACCAGAUAAUAGUGAUGUUAAAGAUGGAAUAUAUGCAUUAGAUCAACUAGUCAACAAACUUUCACUGCUUUGGACAUUAUGCGGCCUUUCCUGUCAGGAGUGUAAUUUAAAAUGUCUGAAGAAUCGUUAUCAUGAAGAUGCACAUAACUGUUUAACUGAUCAUCAUUGCUAUGUUACUUGUGAAUUUCUUGAGGCUCAUACGAAUAACUUACCUCCAAGAUGUAGUCACAAAGCAGGGCAUGAUGGAAAACAUGCAUGCAAUACGACAAGCCAUUUAUGUGGCAAACCAUGUAAAUUCAGUGACAAGCGUAAUUGUCAACAGAAAUGUGCAAAAGAAAUCGAUCAUGAUGAUGAUGAACAUAUAUGUCAAUCAAAGCGUCAUAAUUGUGGUGCACCAUGUUCUCUGCAAGCCAAUACUAGAAAGGGUUUUUAUAAAUGUCUUAACAAAUGUAUUAUUCCAUGUGAAGAUGAACAUGAACGACAUUGCUGUGAAAACGAUUCUGCAUGUCCAAUCCAAUGUCCAAUUCCUGAUUGCCAACGACGAUGCCAAAGUAAAGAUCAUUUUCAUGCAUUGCAAUCACAACAGAUUCAUUUUUGUGGCAACGAGCAUCAAUGUCAAGAAGAUUGUCAAGAGUUAGGUAUUUGCAAGCUUUUGCUUGAACCGAAAAAACAAGAAGAAGUUUACCAAGGCUUAGUACAAGGGACUUCUAUUACAUUUACCAAGUACAUUCAAUUGAGUGAAAAGAUUAAAUGCUGCAAGAAAAUUCCACCUAAUGCUUUUCAUCAUGAUGGAAACCAUUCUCACGAUGAAGGCGGCUUUCAUUAUUGUGACGCCCAAUCGUUACAUGAAACCAAACAUGGAAAUAUGAUUAAGACGGAAUUUACUUCAGAAGAUAAAGAAUUUGAAUAUAGAGGGGCAGGUGAUCAAGGAACAUUUGUACUUUGUAACUUGGAAUUUGGACGCCAUCGUCAUAUGGAUUAUUGUCAAGAUACUUCAACAUGUAAACCUAGUGCAAAUAAACGACAUUGUGAUGUCAGUGUUGAACCCCAUCCGGAAAGGCCGAAAGAUUAUAUUUCUCAUAAGCUUUUUUGGGAGCGUACAGGAUUUAAGGUUCAAGAACAAGAAAUGUUUGAAAAAUGUGACCAUGAAUGUGCUGAUGAAAUACAUAAGCCAGUAAAAGGAUCCAAUGUUAUACCUAACAGAUCAUUUUGUGAAUUAGCAUUGUUUCAUACACCUCUUAAGUUGACCGAUGCACCACCAAAUGGUAUUGGAUAUAUUUCUCUUGGUGGACAUCAUUUUACAUGUGAUAACCCUGCAAAACGAGAAGGUUUAUUUCAUAUCAUUUUUGCAAUUGAUCGGUCUGGAUCUAUGAGUAGUAGUGAUAAAAAACCACAAGAAAAUACUCCAGUUUAUAAUCUUAUAAAAGAUAAACAUUACAACAGGACAGGUGCUGUAUAUAGUGCUGUUUAUUCAUUUAUGGAAGCAAGGCUGGCUGCACAAGUAAGGUCAACUAAUAAGGACACCGUAUCAUUGAUUCUUUUUAAUAGCGAAGUCAUUGUGCCAUUUGAAAAUCAAGUGUUAACCGACUCUAAGAUGAUGUUGAAUCAGAUGCUGCCACAUCUGGCAGGUGGUGGGACUAACUUUAAUCUUGCGAUUCAAAAAGCUGGAAGCUUAAUUAAUAACUACUUUGAUCCGGCAAGAGCAAAUGUAAUUAUAUUUCUUUCUGACGGUGGAUGUAGUACACCAACAGGCCAACUUGAACAAAUUUGCAAAUAUAAUAGUGACAAAGGAAACCCAUUAUAUCUUAUAACUGUUUUAUUUGCUGGUGGAAGUGACAGUUCCUCUUUAAGAGAAAUGGCCGAAAUUGCUGGUCGACAUCAUCCAGCGAACAAGAUUGGAAAUGAUUUACGCUGUCAUUUUACUAGCGUUAUGAGUGAGAUUAAUCUAGUCAAUACAUUUACUAGUGUUGCAGAAAGUUUGAGAUAG